AUGUCAACAUCGUAUUUCCUGCACUUGAGUCGAUUAAGCCCGCUUGAAGUCAAAUUCCUUGAGUUUAAGAAAUACAAGGAUACUCCACCUGAAGAUAUUCCCAAAGAUGAAAUAACGAGAUGGCACGACUUUUUGGAGAAUGAACUCAGUAAAGGAACAACAAAAGAAGGCCAUGAAGAAGAGCAACCAAAUAAUGAAGAGCGAAUCUCAAUGACAGCACAACUAUUUAAUACAAGCGACACAAAACCUGCAAAAUCGUUUCUAAAAGAAUUACAAAAGACUUUGGGAACAUUAGAUAUCAACGCAAAUGUGCUAAGAGAAUUCGGCGAGGCCGAUCAGGCAAAAGUUCUUAUCAUCGUCUUUAACAAAAAUGUCAGCGAAAAUUGGCAAGCAGUCGACAAAUGUUUAUCUCAUAUAGAAGAAUGUCAGUACAGAAGGAUAAUAUUUAUUAUAUUGCAUGUAACGAGAAAGCCUCCUCGCACGUCUGUAAGAAAUUUACUAAAAUCCAGUGACUUCCCAGAGCAAUACAGGACAAUAGGUAGCGUGGUCAUUAUGGCAUUUCUUCUUGAGAAAGGAAUAUAUGCGUGUGACGUCAAUGAUCUGGCAUUCAAGGAAAUUAAAGAAUUCUGUUCGAAAUUCUGUUCCAUAAAAUCUGCAGAAAACGAAAUUAAAGGCAGACCUUCAGAAAACAUGGCAGAAACUUGUUCAUCUGUAGCAAACAUAAUUGAAGGCAAAGAUAUUCUUAAACCAUUGGCUUACAUAACGAACCCUACAGAUACGGUGGCUUCUAACAACUUUACUUAUAAAUUAAAAGAAGAAAUGAAGACGCAUGAUAUUGUGUUGAGUGAGAUACAGCCUGUUGAGGCAAGCCAAAUAGACCCAGAUGUCUUCUUAGUCUUAGUCUGUAAUAACAAUUCACGCAUUGAAACCCACGUUGACAGAUGUCUGGCUUUUAUAAGCAGCAAGCAGUACAACAAAACAAUUCUUAUUGUUUUAAAUAUUGUCAACAAGGAGCGUAAACCUAAAGAUUUUGGACAGUACCAGGACAUAUUUCGGAUCAUUGAGAUGUCAUUUACAAAUGAAAAAGGAAUAUAUGCAUGUGAAAUGAAUGAAAAGGCAUGCAGUGAACUAAUUGAAUUAUUCAAAACCCACGGCAACACAGGUGCAGUGAAAACAAACAUGGAGGGGGAAGAAAGUCCGAACAAUACUGACAGUUGUAGCGGUAAAUCAUUGGACGAAUCACAAAAAAUUGAAAAUGCCGUACCUGUAAAAAAGAAAAAGUCUGAUCCGACAGAGUAAAGUCCGGAAACGUGAGCCUACGGAAAUUCAAUUGAGCAAAAGGGCAGAUACAAACAUUUACAUGUAUCAACAUCGAUAUUUAUUAGCGCUGCAAAUAUCAUUUUGUUAGGUUUCGUAGAGAAAAAAAAUGGAUUGCUAGUAAACUUUUACGAGUAAUCAGUUACACUUGUAAACUUCAGUGCGCAAUACAGUCUGUAUUAAAAAGUUUUCACUUGCGGCAUUUUUGAACCGGAUUUGUCUAACUCAGAAAGAGCUUUAAAAUAAUCAUUCAAGUAUAAAUGUGAUGAAAAGACGUCGCGUAAGGAAUGAUAAGAAUAUAAGAAGAGUUUUAUUCAAUUUGUCACAUAUUUGUAUUGGCAAUGAUAUUAAAGCAGUAAUUCAUUAGAAAUUAUCAUUAUAUCCGUUUUGUCUUUGUUAAGCGGCAAAGGAAAGCUAAAACACAGCCUAAAUUGGAAUCAAAUCAAAAGAAACUUCUUUUUAGCUUAGUUCCAAUUCUUCAUAAAAUUUGAAAAAUCUAGACAAACCGGACAAUAGUACCAAAUUUUGCACACAGGUAGUUUGGACCAACACAAGACUUUUGGCUGUAAGGGCCAAGGUCACAGCUCUUUGGAAUUCUA